AUGCGGCUCAUCCUCCUCAUCCUCCCCAUCCCAACCCUCUUCGCCAACGCACUGGCAGCAUCACGAGGCAAAGGCAGUGGAAACGGGUGGUACAAUCUCCAAAUCAUCGGCGGCAACCCCAUCGUCAACGCUCAAAAACUCCAACUCACUCCCGCGGGCCACCUCAUCGUGAUCCCACCCCCCUCCCCAUCAAACACCACCACAUCCAACACCACCACCACAACCCCCUUCUACGCAACCUGCACCCUCGAAUUCUUCUCCCCCUCCCCGCGGCUAAUCCACUGCCUCACGCCCCCAUCCUCUGACCCCUAUCCCCCUCCAACACCCCCCUCCAACACCACCACCUCAUCUGCACCCGCAAUCCAAACCGAAACACUGAUCCUCCAAGGACCCAGCGGAAAGGGCGAGCACCAGCUCCGUCAAUCCACCACCACGCUCCCAUUCGGCAUUGGCUCCACCAUCCUCUUCGACGACUGGAUCGUCGUGACCCUCCCCUCGUACGUCGUCGGCGGAUCGAAGAGGCGGUACCUGCGGUACAGGGACGAGACGUUGGGAGGCGGGUGGGUCGCGAGUCGCUACGGGGCGGAGUGGAUGGUGAGGGGGCAUGAGGGAGACGGUCCGAGGGGCGGUUGGGCGGUUUGGUGGCAAACGCCGAGUGCUGCUAAUAUGCUUGAUUUGGGGAACGAGGCCGUGGGCGUGGGCGUUGAGUUGGUUGAGGUUGAGGUUGAGGUUGGGGAUGAGGUUUAG